AUAUCUAGUGCCGUCACAUUAGAAAUGAAUUUGCGGCCGUUGUUGAUUCGAUUAAAAGGUGAAAAUAAGCCAUUAUCUGCAGAGAAUUCAUAUGAACUUGGUUGUGAAGUAUGGGGCUCACGGCCGACGCCAACAAUCACCUGGUGGAAAGGAAGUGUUGCGAUGAGAAAUACCCGCGAAAUGACUGAUCCUGAUGGAAAUAAAACAACAAGUAUACUGACGUUUGUUCCAACAAUUGACGAUGGUGGAAAAUAUCUUUCAUGUCGAGGUGAACAAUCAUUGAUCCCUGACAGUGGAAUUGAAGAUGGUUGGAAAUUAGAUAUAUAUCAUGUACCUGUGGUCACAUUAGAACUUGGAAGUAAUUUAAAUGGUAGCACCAUUAGAGAAGGUGUAGAUGUUUAUUUCGAAUGUAAUAUCAAAUCAAACCCUUGGGUGUAUAAAGUUAGUUGGAGACACAACGGAAAAAUAUUAUACAAUAAUAUUGAACAAGGCACCAUUGUUAGUAAUCAAAGUUUAGUAUUACAAGGUGUAACAAGAGCACGAGCAGGGCUUUAUACAUGUGUUGGAAGUAAUCAUGAAGGAGAUGGCGAAAGUAAUCCAGUACAUUUGGAUGUCAAAUUUGCUCCAGUUUGUCGACCAGGCCAACCUAAAGUGUAUGGUGUUGCCAGGCAAGAAACAGCACGUAUUACAUGUGAAUUAGAAGCAAAUCCACAAGACUUACAAUUUACUUGGAAAUUUAAUAAUACAGCUGAUACAAUUGAUAUACCACAGUCGUUAAUUGCCAUGGAUCGUACACGUAGCCAAGCGGCGUACACACCCAUGACUGAAUUGGAUUAUGGAACUCUUAUGUGUUGGGGUAAAAAUGAAAUUGGCAUGCAAAAAGAGCCAUGCGUUUAUUAUAUCAAUCCAGCCGGCAAACCAGAUGCAUUACAAAAUUGUACAUUAUUAAAUCAAACAUUUGAUUCGUUACAAGUUGAAUGUCUUGAAGGAUUUAAUGGUGGAUUGACACAAGAAUUUGUAAUGGAAGUAUAUGAUAUAACACAAAACCGUAAACUUGUUACUAAUGUUACAUCACGUACACCAUAUUUUGCGGUUGGUGGCUUAGAAUCAGGAUUAAGUUUCGAUAUUGUUCUAUUUGCCACAAAUAAAAAAGGAAGAAGUGAUUUUACGGUAUUACAAGCAUUCACAUUACAAUCAGCUGAAAAACAUACUGGUGAUACCGAAAAACCUGAUCCACCACAAAAUUGUAGUGUUGUACAUCACACUAUAAAAAGUGUUCAUGUAAGCUGUAUCGAAAUUUCAACAACAUCGUCCGAUCAAUAUCAGUCAUAUGUAAUGCAAGCGUUUGAUGCAGAUAGCCGCCAUUUAUUAGGUAGCACGACGUCAUUAAGUGCAGAAAAUCUACAAAUAACGGAUUUGCCGCGUGAACAAAGCGGUAGUCUAGUACUAUCGAUAAGAUCAUUUUCAUCAAGGGCAACCAGUGAUGCAACAGUACUUUAUUCGGCUCCAAUGAUGUCAAAUAAACAUCAUCGUGGCGCUUCAACUCCGGUAUUUUUGAAAAUCACACCAAUUUUGGGAGCCUUAAUCGGUGUUAUAACUGCCUUAUUAAUGGUAACCAUAGUAAUUGUGUGCAUCAUACGCAUGCGGCGUCGUGAUAAUCGGGACGAUAAAGAUGCUGAUGAAAAUGGAUUAAGUCAUGAUCGCCGAAGUAUCAAUACAAGUGGAGAUAAGGCAAGCACAGAACCUCUAAAUAAAGAAUUAGGUGAUAGUAUGGAUAGUUUUGAAGAAAAGAAUCCUGAUAUAAUUCCACAAGGUAAUGGUGAGGAUGAUUAUCAAGAUGAAGAAAAGGCAUUUGAACGAUUAAAUAAUGCAUCAACACGAGUUUAUUCAAGAUUACAAUCGCCAAACAAUAUUGGAAGAUCAAGUCCAUAUGAUUCGUCAUUUAACAUUGGCAAAACGAAUGAUGAAAUAACGUAUGCCGAAUUAUCGUUAUCAAAUAAGCAAUUACCGUCACUGCCACAUGUGGUUUAUUCAAACCAUCAAUCAAUACCGAUGACAUUAAUACGCCGAAAUGAGCCAACAGUAUAUGCACAAAUUGACAUGUCAGCAAAAGCACAAUCAAUGCAAAAUCCAUCACGUUUUCCAUUACAUCCUCAAUUAAGCAUGUCAACUCAAACACAUCCUAGUAUGCACCAAAGAGGUGGCAUUCCUGUACUUCCUACAACUACUAUCCAAACAUUAUCACCUCCAUUACAAAAUUCGUUACUACAACAUCGUAGUACAAAUUUACAUCCUGCUUAUCUUACCACCCCACGGCAGCAUCAUCAACAACAUACUCCCGCACAUCAGCACCAUACUACUGCCGAUGACAGUAUGCACAUCACUGCGGAAACUCCGCUUAUCAAUCCUCGUGAAAGCACGGUACCAACUUUACAACCACUGCUUGAAGCAAACGCUUCGCGUUCCUUAAACAAUCAACAACCUCGUUCAAUAACUGCAACCCGAUUUUGACCUCCCGGACAAAGUCAAGAAAAUAUUGUCCAGUAAAAAAAA